GACCAAGAACUUCACAAGGGAGAUGUGCUUCUACCAGGAAUAAAUGGGAAACCUCUUCACAAACGAACGGAACAAUCAUUAGAAUACAUAUCAAAUCGAACAGGAGGAAGUCGUCCCCACGGGUCAGAUUGACUGCCGAAGAACGGAUGAUAUGAUCAGUAGCUUCUUCAAAUGUAACCUCUCUCAGCCGAUCCAUCAGCUCAUCAGACCAAGACCAAGACCCAAACGAAUCCUACAAAGACCUUGGACGAAAUACAAUCUGAAUCCUCACCAAAUCUCUCAACUACAACAACAGGGCAGUUUACCCAAGAUGGAGAAGCGGAUCAGAUCGUCUGACUCCAAUCGAUCAAUCAACCCUCCCAAUGACUUCGAAAUCACCUUUCUUGGUACCUCUGCUGGUAAACCAACUAUUCAACGCAAUCCAUCGUCCUUGGCACUACGGAUGGAUGGGCAAAUCUGGAUGUUCGACUGUGGAGAAGCAACGACCCAUCAGAUCAUGCGCACCAAUCUCAAACCGAGCAACGUCACCAAGAUCUUUAUCACCCAUCUUCAUGGCGAUCAUGUUUUGGGAUUGAUUAGCUUUCUAUCUCAUAUUGGCGAUCGAGCAGAUGCCGAUUUGACCAGCAAGAACCAGCACCCUUUUUGCGAUCCCAGCGAGGUAGUAGAGAUCUUUGGCCCCUCGGGGAUCCGAGAAUUCGUACGAUCGACUCUUCGGUUAACGAAAACGCAUUCGCUGUUGAAAAUCAAAGUGAAUGAACUGUUACGAUAUUCGAAAGAUCAAGUCUAUACGCCCUCCCUCAGUAACCCAACUGGAUCAGGUCGCCUGUGGCACAACGAAAUCCUAGGAGAAGAUAUCUGGUCUGAUCAGAACGGGCUUUGGAAAGACGUGAUCCCGAUCAACCAAUGUGGCGUAAGUGUCAGUGCAGCACCCAUCCAACACACCAUCGACUGUGUAGGCUAUCUCCUCACCGAAGCUAAUCGGAGAGAAAAGUUUGACAUGGUCAAACUCAAGCCGAUUCUCGAACAACAUGCAGAUGAAAUCAAGCAAAUGGGUUUCAAAGUCUUGCCAGCGAUCCUAAGCCAACUUGAGAAGACUCGAAAGCCGAUCAGUUUUUCGACCGGCGCGACACUCCAACCACCCAGGCUUUCGAUUCGAGGUCGCCGGGUGAUGAUCCUGGGGGACACCUGUGAUCCAAGCGCGAUGGUCAGCUUGGUCGACCAGGAUCCUGAGUUCCAGUCGAUCGACUUACUGGUCCAUGAAUCCACAGGCACCGUUGUGCCCGACGCCCAUGAGCGAAAACAAGAGGACUGCCAAUCGGAGUCUCAAGUGGCAAGCAAGAUGCGUGAACGAGGCCAUUCGACCUCAUUCAUGGCCGGCCAAUUCGCCCAUCGGGUCCGAGCCACCCGUCUAGUCCUGAACCAUCUCGGGGGCAAAUUCCCUGCACCCCAAGCGGCCCUCUGUCCCAGCAAAGCCUUCCCACCCUUCCCUUCUUCUUCUUCUUCCUCUCCCUCCUCAUCUGUCUGUGCUCAAUCAUCAAUCAUCGAAUAUCAGAAUGCAGUCAAAAUGGUCCAUGCUGAGGUGUGGAAGAAGUUCGAAGAGAUCGAGCCCGGCCGACGGGCGAAGAUCGUCGACGAACUCGGCUGGUUGAAAGCCGUCGAGAACGACGCCCUUCAGGGCUGGCGUACCGCCGCUCGAAAUCGGACCCCUCCUCAACCUCGGGCCUCUAAUCUUCCGGCCCAGCCCCGCGUUUCCGUCGCUUAUGACUUCUUGCAAUUUAAAGUUCCGAGACCUGAUCCGCAUUCUUGACUUCUUUUGUCGAGCUAGCUUUUUUGGGAAUCCCAAUCUUGGCUCUUCCUUUCUUUUCUUGGCCCGGAUUCUCUUGUUCUUUUUUUUUUUUUUUUUUCUAUCCUGCCCAUUGUUUUCGGGUUUGUUCUGUUCCGUUCCGGAUUAUAUGUGCUCUAGGGAUUUCCUUGAUCGAACUUGUUUAAUUGAUCAAGCAAAUGAAGAUUCUAAAAAAAAGAAACCCUUGUAACUUGGAAAAUGCGAACUAGUAUGCAGUUUGAGGAGAUGAUGUCAUGACAACGUGGCCGAGCGGUU